AACACUGCGGUUUGAGAACAGCCCACCUCCAUGUGAAUGCGUGCUCGCCACCCUUCUGUUGUUCUCUGUCCGGAGCGUGCACGCACACGCACGCGUUUUUAUCCCCACCUCUAAAUGUAUUUCCAGCGUCUGGUGGACUUGUACAGACACCGCGUCGGAUUGCGAAUACAGAUGGAGAUCUCACUGAUGUCUGAUAGCCACCGGCGCACCCGAGCCGCGCGAGAGCACACAAGUCAACUAUUAUGAUACGCGCGAGACACUGGCAUGUGUCAGGAGUGUCAAGCUGUGCCCUGAUGGGGAAAAUAGAGUAACCGGCUGAGAAAGAGAUUUGUUUGGAUAUCACAGGAAAAGCUGCCCGUGGAAAUGAGUCCUGAAGAGAAACCAAAGAGGCACUUUACCACUGUGAGUCUAUGGAGAGAGAAGUGCAGACUUUCUGCCUCUGUAAAAGAAAAGGAAACUUAACUGAAUUCUGACCAACAAGGUGAAUUCAUUCUUCAUUUGAAGCACUGAAGUUUUACAUGUGUUGAUAUAAAUGGCUUAAACCGAUUUCAAGCAGCCUAACCUGAAUUAAGAUCAAAUGGUAUUGAGUCUGUGGGAAUAUACUGGACAUAUAGUAAUUUAUGCAUCUUGAAUGAUGUGGCUUUAAUCCAUAUGCGCAAUCUUCAUGAUUUUUAAUCCCGUUACGCACAUUUAAUUCGGAAUAGAAGCGUCCGCAAGAUCCGGAGUGGGAACUCAGGAAAGGUCGGUGCUACAGACAAGAGAAUAUUAACUCGUCAGGCCGUUUUAAAGAAAAGACUAGCUGAUAUUUUUUAUGUUUUUGACAGCAGUCACGCUGUUGUGCCCUUUAUGUCCGUUUGACAUGUCGCGGAGUCUCCAAUGAACACGUAUUGUGAAUCUACAGAACAAAAGAGGGAGGAAGAUUUAUCUUUAGGAAACCGGAUUAUUUUUCUUGUGAAGUAAAUAAUGUUUUUUUUAGUUUGGACACUCCUGGGCUGACCUGAGAUACUCCUCUCAUUCUGGAAGUUUGACUUUUUUUUUUUUUUUUUUUUGAGUUUUUGGACUUCAUUAUGCAUGGACUGUUAUGGAUAUGAGCUUUCUUGAAGCAUGCACACUGACAGCUCUUUAAAUGGUACCGUAGAUACCAUAGACUUUUUUUUCCCCCAUGAAAACCAAUGUAAUGGCUCAUUUAUAGUGAAAAUUGUGCAUUUAUCCUCAGAAUGGAGUUCCCUAAAGAGUCAAAGCAAACAGUGCUUGACUUGAGCCUUCAUUUUUGUGGUGUUAUUAUGUAACUUUAAUCAAUCAGUGAAAGAACAUUUUGAUUCACUUGUAGUAAGUUGAAAGAUUCCAUGCCUUUUGGAUAAACCUCUCUAAACCCAUGUGCGUCAAGAAGGACAGAAAACAAGAGGAAUGCGCUAUUGACGUCAUGAGGUGAAAUAACCGAACUUAAAAUCCUGGAACUGACUAGAUGCAUGAGUAAACCUUUUGCCAUCUAGACGUCAGAGUUGUUUGACUCAAAUUACAUUUGAUUCUUUUUCCAUCCGAGCACCUUUUUUUGCAUUUAUCCCAGCUCGACUCUGAUCUGAACAGUAUCAUGGCUUCUCCUCAACAUCAACAUCUGCUGUUUCACAACAGCGAAGCAAGCUGUGACUCCAGCGGCGAUGGUUCUGUGUCAGUGCGUAUCAGCGGCACCAAACCGCACAAACAGCAGCGUGGGAGUCUGGGCGCCAGCGCCAUGUGCAGUAUCAUUGGGGGCUCCAAACAUUGCAAGUACAGUAUCUCCUCCAGCUGUAGUUCGGGUGAAUCUGCCAUCCGCAAACCGGCGAUCAAAGGCCUCAGGACUCAGAGGAAGAUGCCGCAGCUGUUCGAGAGGUCGGCUGGACACUUCUGGAACCCCAAGUUUGACUCGAACAUUCUGGAGGAAGCCUGCCGCGAGCGCUGCUUCCCUCAGACGCAGAGACGUUUCCGCUGUGUGUUGUUUUACAUGGCGGCCGCUAGCCUCCUCUGGGGGUUGUUCUUCAUCGCUAACGCUAAUCGAUGUGAAAAGACUGCCUUCUUAUUGCCCACGGCCUCCUUCCUACUCCUCUGUUCUGUCCUGUUUGUCUUCACGUUCACCCGGUUCUACACCCAUUGCUACAAUCAAGCCUCGCUGUUGCUCAUUGUGGUGACAUUUGCCCUCACUCUUGCACCUCAGAUCCAAACAUCAGGCUUUAGUGACUUUAAUGUGCCUCCUUUGAAGGAUGAAGAUGAUGUAGGUGACUUUAGUGGCGCUGAGGAUAAAAAUCUGACAUUUGAAGCCGCCCGCAGUGGCGGUCCAGUAGCCCCCUGUUUGUCCCCAGUUGGCACCUUCUCUCUAGGCAUGGAGGUGCUUUCAUUGCUCUACAGUUUCCUCCAUGUCCGUCUUUACGCGUCACUACUGCUUGGCCUGCUCUACUCAGUGCUUUUUGAGACGCUUGGAUGGAUGCACUUGAUUCAAGCCAAUGGAUGGAGCAAUUCCACUGAGGAACAUUUGGAAACGCUCUACUGGCUGAUCCCUGGAAGAGCUAUUUUGCAUGUCUGCGCCCACAUCAUUGGUAUUCACCUUUUCAUCAUGUCUGAAGUGCGUUCCCGCAGCACGUUCCUCAAGGUCGGCCAAGCCAUCAUGCACGGGAAAGACUUGGAGGUCGAAAAGGCCCUGAAGGAGAGGAUGAUUCACUCGGUGAUGCCUCGCAGGGUGGCGGAUGAGCUUAUGAAGCAAGGCGAUGACGACAAUGAUAAUUCGGUUAAGCGCUACUCGACGGGAGCGGCCAUUGCCAGUGCAUCCAGCCCUAAGAGCACCAAACGCAAGAAGACAUCAAUUCCUCGGGGUCAGAUCAUCUUUCGGCCUUUCAACAUGAAACGCAUGGAGCCGGUCAGCAUCCUGUUCGCCGACAUUGUGGGAUUCACCAAGAUGAGUGCCAACAAGUCAGCGCACGCCCUGGUGGGACUCCUCAACGACUUAUUUGGACGCUUCGAUCGCUUGUGCGAGCUCACGUGCUGCGAGAAGAUCAGCACUCUGGGAGACUGUUACUAUUGUGUAGCUGGUUGUCCCGAGCCACGAGACGACCAUGCCUACUGCUGCGUGGAGAUGGGGCUUGGGAUGAUCCAGGCCAUUGAGCAGUUCUGUCAAGAAAAAAAGGAAAUGGUCAACAUGCGUGUUGGCGUCCACACGGGCACCGUGCUUUGCGGGAUCCUCGGCAUGAAGCGCUUCAAAUUCGACGUCUGGUCCAAUGAUGUCAACUUAGCCAAUCUCAUGGAGCAGUUGGGUGUCGCCGGGAAGGUUCACCUUUCGGAGGCCACAGACAAGUUCUUGGAUGACCGGUACUUGCGAGAAGACGGCCGAGUCACAGAAAGGAUCGGACCAAGCGUGGUUGCAGAUCAGCUUAAAGGUCUUAAGACGUAUCUGAUAUCCGGGAGGAAGGUGAAGCACACUCAGUGGAGCUGCCCUCCAUCUGGUCUGGUGGCAAGCGAGCUCAGAAAGUCUCUCAGUGCCACGUCCUUCAGCCCUGACAUCACAUCCUCAGCCUGCGCUCUGACACCGGGCUCGGACAGAGCUAAGUCUGCCUGUCCCUCGUGUGGCGUGUUAGCUUCUGAAGACGGGCUGCUUCACAGCAACAGCUGCACAGAUCCUGAUCUCAAAACCAUCAACAGCAAGGGACCGGCAAGCAGGAGUCCCAAGACCCUAAAUGGCCUGUUAAGCCCUCAUCUGGAGCAGCCCCUGACCCACAGCCAGACGUCUCUGUGCGAGAUGCUGCAGGAGAAGGAGAAGAAGUGGCCUGGAGGAGGAGGCAUCAGCAGCAUGGGGACGAUGGACCACUCCGCCCUCAUCCCACUGCGCUCCAAAAACUUCCGCGAGAGGAGCGACGCUCACUUUGUGGACGUGAUAAAGGAGGACAGUCUGAUGAAAGAUUACUUCUUCAAACCGCCCAUCAACAACUUCAGCCACGCUUUCAUAGACAAAUCCCUGGAGUCCGCUUACAGGACCAGCUACCAGGACGAGGUUAAGACACAUGCUCCAGUCCAGACGUUCGCCAGUCCAACGUUCAGCUCCUUCCUAGACAUGCUCCUGUGCUGUUGUGUUUUUCUGGCUCUGUCUUUGGCUUGCUUCCUGCGACCGCUGGUUACCCAGCAGCCCCUGCCCACACCUGCCCUUAUAGUGGCCGCAAUUGCAGCGGUGCUUGAAUGUUUGGCCCUAGUGCUCGCUAUACGAAGAGCCUUUUACCUGGACAGUGUUCUGAACUGCACCAUGAGCCUCCUCUGGGCCAUAUCCGGAUGGGUUCCUCGUCACAUGAUCGGGGCGGUGCUGGUGUCUUUACCUGCCGUGGCUGUCUUCUCUCAUAUCACCUGCAAUAUGCAUGACUCCAUACAGUUCACCAUGUUCACCUGCUGUGCUGUCAUAAUUGCCAUCAUCCAGUACUGCAAUUUCUGUCAGCUGAGUUUCUGGAUGCGUUCAAGCCUGGCAACGCUAGCGGGAAUCACCUUUCUCAGUGUGCUCUGGAGCCCUCCUUGCAGCACAUGGGAACGUUUAUUUUUGAGAUCCAGUGACUUCAACAGCAGCAUUAAUGACGUCCAGUCCUCUGGAGAAGAUUUGGCCCAACUACAGGAUCUACUCGGUCCAGAGGCUUUGGUUGCCUUUUUCCUGUUGCUUCUCCUUGUUUGGUUCCUCAACCGCGAGUUUGAGGUGAGCUACCGUCUACACUUCCACGGGAACGUGGAAGCAGACCAGCACCGCAUCAAGAUCCAAAACAUGCGGGACCAGGCGGACUGGCUCCUGCGCAACAUCAUUCCCAUCCAUGUGGCCGAGCAGCUGAAGGUGACCCAGAGCUACUCCAAGAACCACGACAACGUGGGCGUCAUCUUCGCCAGCAUCGUCAACUUCAGCGAGUUCUACGAAGAGAGCUACGAAGGCGGGAAAGAGUGCUACCGCGUCCUGAACGAACUCAUCGGGGACUUUGACGAACUCUUGCGCAAGUCUGACUUUUCCAACAUUGAGAAGAUCAAGACGAUCGGCGCGUCCUACAUGGCAGCGUCUGGGCUCAAUACGCAACAGUGUAGUGACCAGGCCCAUCCGCACGCCCACCUGCGAGCGCUCUUCGAGUUUUGCCUGGAAAUGAUGCGAGUGGUGGACGACUUCAAUAAAAACAUGCUGGGCUUUAAGUUCAAGUUACGGAUUGGGUUCAACCACGGACCCCUCACUGCGGGAGUCAUCGGCACCACCAAGCUCCUCUACGACAUCUGGGGAGACACGGUGAACAUCGCCAGCCGGAUGGACACAACUGGCGUGGAAUGUCGCGUUCAGGUUAGUGAGGAGAGCUACUGCGUGCUCAGCGGAAUGGACUACGAGUUCGACUACCGCGGUACCGUCAACGUGAAGGGCAAGGGUCAAAUGAAGACCUACCUUUACCCGAAGAGUGCAGACAGUGGACCUGUACCUCAGUACCAGCUCUCAGUCUCUCCAGAAAUUCGAGCGCAGGUGGACGGCAGCAUCGGACGUUCACCCACUGAUGAAAUCGCCAAUAUGAUGCCGGCAACCAGUGCCAGUAGAGUAGGUGCAUCUUUCUCUGUGAGUUCAGGGCUUACCGGAGAGGGAUACGCUGGUAGAGACUUUCCCGAAAAGGUUGCUGGAAGCAAUGGUACGUCCAAGGCCCAUCGAUCUGCAUCUGCUGUUGUCCUGACUUGCAUACCAGAAACCAACCUGAGCAUAAGUGGUAAACCAGCAGAACCAACCUUGACCUCUCCUGUCCACGCAGAAAACACAGAGGCCACUGCAAAAAAGGCAGGAGAAGUAGCGUACAUGGGUGAAAUGACAAAACUUUGACUCUAAAUGCGCCAACAGUGUUGUUGCUGUUAGUCUUAACCCUUUAAACCUGGGCUUGCAACCCUCUCCGUUGAGUUUGUAGGGAUAGGCAUGAUUAGGGACGAAUGCUAGCGUAGAUUUGUAUCUGUGUAUGUGGAGUGGAAAGUUUAAGCACAUAAUCUUAAAGUGUUUAUACCGCUAGCUAUACCAGGAGAUACUUUCACAUCUAGUGCCGUGGAUGGCGGUGCUGGACUGUAUAAACUCACAGGAGCCACAUGAACCAUUCCUACAUGGAAUAAGAAAUGCUGGGGAGAUGGAUUGGGAUGGCACAGACCUGAAGUCCCAUCCUUAAACAGACCGCAGUUAUUCCCGCUAAUUUAAUUUCGACUAUUAUUCCCCUACUAUUGUCUGCCUUCCGUGAAUUGUUUUCUUUUAAUGAAGUGCCUUUAGGAUGAUAACAAUAUGUAUGAGGCAUUCAAAAAAAAAAAAAAAAGAUUUCUCAAUCAAAUCUUUAGCUUAAGAUCUAAAAGAUCUAGCAUGUAAAAUUGAUGUUAGAAAAUGCUUUAAUUUUUGUGAAAGUAUUUGAUAUAUUUUGGAAUAUUUAUAGGUAUUUUUUGAGUUCUCGCUGUCGAACAUUCAUCAGUCAGUAUUCCAAACAAUUUUACAAAGCAAAACUCUAUAUUGCGAUGAUUGCGAUUUUAAAAAGACCCAAGACUCUGAAUGGUGCAUGGCCAAAAGUGUCUGUGAAGAAGUAUUAGUGAAAUGUAGAGCAAGCUAUGGGCUAAAUCCACCUACAAUCAAGAAUAUCAAAUAUUUCAAAGGAGAUUACUUUUUUUGCUUUUUCUUGAUGCAUGUAUUCCUAACUGUCUGAUUGUGGCCGUUCUGUCUCUUUUUUCGCGAUUUUUCCUGUCUCUCUUCAUUCUGCAGCUAAAUGUUGGGUUGAGAACUAACAAUGAGUUCUUAGACAACGUGGCAAGUUUGCCUUAAUGCUAAUGAGAUCAUAGUCUUAAAGGACACACUCGUAGUCUUAAAGGACAAAAAUGCAUUCAUGCAUCAGCUACUGUGACUGGUUUUAAGAUAUAGGCAGUUUGUUUACAAAUCAACGUAAAAUUAACAUUGAACCCAUAGUUCCUAGUCUUACUCUGGAUGAUUCAUCAGUGCACGUUGUUGUAAAAGCAAAAAUGUUUGACUUUGUAGUCUUUCAUCAAAAUUUAAACUUUCUCAGCCUCUGAAAUGACUUUUCUUUUUGGCUGCACGGGCAUGGAAAAUAAAGUUAGACAAUAGCCAAAUAACAUUGUUUUAGUCUACUUUUGUAAGUAGUGCAGCAAUUCAAUGCUGAUUAAUGGUAAACAUAAUGGUAUGGCAAUAAUAGCAAAUAACAAUAGAUUUGAAAACAACGUUUUAAAAUCGGGAGAUGCUGUGGUCAAGAAUUCUCCUCAAAAGUGGGUUGCCUUGCCAGUGUUGUUUCAGGUUUGACUUUAUUCUGGUAUUGCCUACUUGGAUAAAAUUGCCUGAUGGAUAAAAUUAAAUCCUGUCCUACAUUAUUUUUCCUCAUUGAAUAUUAUGUUGCACUUAAAGGUGCAGCAAGCGAUAUUUGAGACAUAAACAUACCCCUCCCUUCAUUGCCCUGCCCCAAAAUGCACAAACACGCGAUGCAGCUUUAUCAUAGCUGAAGCCAAGCAAAAUAAAGCUUCGCGAAAAAUAAAGUGAAGAUGGUGAACAAAUGACUAGGAAGAACAAAAACAAUGAACAUAUAGUACACAAGAGUAUCAAACAGGAGUUGGUUGUUAGUAGGGCUGCCCCCUAAUACUUGACUAGAAGAGGCUUAGUUGACCAAAAAUUUUAUUAGCUGGUUAGUCGCAGAAAAAAAAGCCUUGUGACGAAGUCACGCAGUCCGCGAGGGACAGAUCAUCAAUGGCGGGUCCUUGUGGUAAUUACAGUAUAUUGUGCAGGAAAUCCAAACGUUCGCUUAUCAUCCAUCAACCUCAAAUACGGCUUAUCAUUUUAAAGAUGUAAAUAGUAGCAACUUUACAUGGCUGCUCACUCUAACGUUAACCUAGAUAAAUGUGCGCUAUUAUUAGGUGCAUAUCUAAGUUUGUGCGGAGUGUGAAGCUAAAGUAUAACGCGCCUACUCCAUGACAUGGAGGCACUGGCAUGAUCACUUGAAUUUCUUCCUGAUAACAGCGGAAAAUACUCACAAUAAUCUCACAAUAACAAGAAAACAUUGUGCCUUUGUAAAAUAAAGAAAACAAACAGGAUGUGCUGCCGUCUCGGUCUCUGUGAACUUGAGCAUGUCAAAAAAUAAACUCAGUGUAUACUACUCACAGACGAGAGAAAUAUAUCUAUAGAAAACUUGAAAUGUCAAGCGAUUGUCAACCAAUUCAAAUGGAAAACAAAUAUUCUCAGAUAAUGUAAUCCAUAUGAAACCAUGCAUAUAGGCGCAUCCACUACUGCAGAGAUGACGAGUCAGCAUUGUCGACUUCACUGCAGCCAGAAACACAGAAAACAUUAUCAAUAAAUUAUUAAAAUGUUGCUGUUUUUUCACAACACAUUCAUAAUCGUUACUUUUGCUGUUGCUCUGCGGCAAGCUUUAAGCAUGCGUUUGAGCGCUGAUUAGGCUAUGUGUUAUAUACAGUAGGCAAUUAAAGGCUCAUUAUUAUGAUUUAUAUGGCUUAUUAAUAUACACGUGCGAUUAGUCGACUAAUCGCUGAAAUGAACGACUACUAGUCGACUAGAAAAAACUUUAGUCGAGGGCAGCCCUAGUUGUUAGUCACCAGAUAAGCUCCAGAUAAACAAUGACACUCAAAACUGUCCAGUUACUAUAGCUAAUAUUACAACAACAGCAUAUCUUGGUUCUGCGAAACAUAGCAAAACCAAUUUACUCACAUAUGAGUGUAACAGACGUAGGCUAGUAAGAGCUUUGCUUGUAAACCUUACUCCCCUGAACUCAAGAGGCGCUCUAGCGACUGACACUAGAGACUGUGGUCUUUGGAAUCCUUGUUAGAGUGCCCGACUCCCAUGCCAGCGGACCCGGGUUCGAGUCCCGCUUAGAGUGGGUGGUUCAAACAGGAGGGGUUAGAUGAGCAGAAAAAAUGUAAGCAAAUGUAACCAUGUAACUCUGUAACCAUUUUCAGGCCUUCCCUCUUCGGUCUCUCCAGCACUGGAAAACUUUUCUAAUAUUAACGCGAGUCCUAAAGCUCUUGCCUGAUCAACACUCUUCUUUUUCCAGUGAUGUUCCUCUGAGCUUUUCUCUUCUGUAAUGUCUCUCAGACAUCUCUCUUUCUAUAGUCUUUCUUCAAAUCUCCCUGUUGCUCACCCUCUCUCUCCUGAGUCAUGAGACUCAGAUCUACUAGUCCGAUCUACUUUCAACAACAUUUCUCAGAAAUCACUUACUGCACCUUAAAGAAAAUACGUCAAAUGAGAGUACGAACCUGCCAUUUCACGUUGGCUUUGAUUUUGGUUGUCGUCCACUGACAGAGUAAGCGAGAAAAAUGAAUGAAAUUAGUUAAAUGUGAAAAACAGAAACUUUAACUAUAUUUCAAAAUAAAUGGACAAGAAAUUAUGUUCACAGUUAAGUGCCCAUAGUGGCAGAACGGUUGCAAGGACUGGCUAUAAUCUAGGUAAGAUAUAUUUACUCCGGCCAGUCAAAUGUACAGACUCGUGUGAAUAUUAGAAUAGAUUAGACCAUAGCCUUGACUCUGCCUGCUUGUCUUUUGAUGUGCAAUAGUAAAGGGUAAAUUAUUGUAUGGGAUAUUAGCAAAAGGAUCUGUAAAAGUAGAUUUUGCCAUUGAGUUGUCGCUUUGUAAGUACCUUAAUCUGCACUGAUACUGCAUCCAUUUUAUGACUGUCACAUGCUUUACUGUACAUGAUGUGUUUACUUUUUGAUAGCAGUUUAAUUGUUUUGUUUUUUUCCCCUUACAUUUUGGCUUUAUGAUGGGAAACCUCUGUUAGUUUAAAAGGGUUGUGUGCUCAAAGAUUUUUCAUGCUUCACAUUUAUAGGGAUUGUGCUCUGAUUAAAUAAUUAUAAGAAAAUGUGAAAUGUAUAACUUUUUUGACAUUUCUGUGAAUUUGCAAUCUGCCAAGAACCUAUACAGGUAAAAGGGAAUUGUUAUAAAACACAAAUUAUUUGUCAGUAUUUCUCAUUGUAUAUAUUAGUGCCUUUUACUCAUUUAGAAUGCAUCGACUAGUCAAAUAACAUCAUUCUUGUUUUUAUGUUCAUUUUCACACUGCUUGUGUAUGAUAAAUGUCUUCAGAUUUAGCGCUGUGCCUUUUCUUAAGAAUUAGCUUGACGUGUUCAUUCUCCCUGUAUAUUCCUUUUGAAUGUGAACUAUGUAGGAUGGAUAUUGUCAUUUUACUCCAAGGUGCCAUUGUUAAAUAAGUCAUUUUUAUUCUCUGCUGAUUUUAAUACUGAUGUGUUUUCGGUGACGCCAAGCAUAGCAAUCCAUGUAUUUAUAAUAUAUUUUAUAGGGCACAACUUUUGCUAAAUAAUAAAAGUGCCCUUGCUGUCUGGAGGGGGAAUGAGCACACAACCCUCCUCUGUUUCAGAGAGCAGAGCAAUAUAAAACUUGAUCCAACUAAAUAAGCAUUACGCUUCAGCCUCUGAGCUGCUGCUUUAGAGCUUGAACUUAGCUUAACGAAGCACGUUUAUGUUUUCUGUCAUAGUCAUUUUAAUGGAAAUAUGCUUCUUAUGAACUUACCAUUCCAUUACUUCUGCUUGAGACUUCAUUGUGAGCAAAGCAAAAAACACAUUUAGGGCGAAUGAAAGGGCUGAUCUAUAUGCAUGAUAACAGUAGAGCCACAUUUUAUUUUAUUUAAUCUACAAUCACUUCAAUUGGUCCAAUUGAUGAUUACAAGCAAUUUGUCAUAAGAAAUGUGUGUAUGUAAAAUCUGACACACAAAUGUGUGUUUUCAAUAGAAGUAUCACACACUGGGACUUCUUGCCAAAGAGUGUAAUUAUUAAAGAAUGUAUGAUUUUGAGUUUCAGUCAGUUUCUUUGGAGAUAUUCAUUUAUAAACUCUGUAUUCAUUUGUAUAAAUGUUCUCCUAUGUUUGUACAUACGCAUUGCUCUGUAUUGACACAUAGCCUAAUUCUUUUUUUGUAUUAUUUAUACCGAUGCAUGUGCCAUACUGUUCAUCAAAGCUAAUGGAUGAAAAGGGAAAGCCAAUAAUACAGUGUUGAAGUCUG